AAUUUUUAUGCUGAUUGCCAACCAAACUACUCUUGCUGCGGUGGCGUUUUCCACCGAGAUCAUUACUGGCAUCUUCGGAAUCUAGACGAGCUGAUUCAGGCUUCUGUUAAUUACGUCAUCAAGAAAUAUGAGAGUGUGGAGGGUAAGAGCUUGAUUUUAGGAGAAAUUCUGAACACGACUAUGGAGCAAUAUGCUUGCUGGUGGUUCUAUGUGACUUUUACAGGCUCCGAACACCCUGGUGAAGUCCAGGUUUAUCAGACCGCGGUCGCCUAUUACCCCUUUUCAAUGGGAGGUCAUAAAGUUGCUGUCUUCAGGAGGAAAAUAAUUGGCAAAGAUGAUUAUGAGGAUUUGUUACCGCCGAAAAAUUACUUUAUGGAGGACGCCCUAAGGGUAAAGAAAGAGCUGAUGUCCACUUUGGACGAGGAAGACAGAGAAGUUUUUCAGCUUGGGGACAAGGAGGUGAGUUGAUUGAUGUCUCAUUGAAAGGGAGAAAGAGUCCGAACCCCCUAUAUGGGCUGGCUGCUUUCUUUGAAUUAGACGGAGAACUAUGUAUUGUACUCUCUUUAUUCCUCAAGUAGAUCCAGGAGUAGUUGUAGUUUUGGAACCUUUCGUAGGGAACACGGAGUUCUUUUUUAUAAUAUUUUUAUUGAGUG